AUGUACACUGUACACAAUCCAUAUACUGGUGCUGAUAUAGAAAAGGAUAGACGACAUAAAGUAUUGCUAUUGUUAGAUCAUACAUGUUGGCUCCAGAUCGGGAAAGCUCUGACCACAUCUGUCUUACAGUUGGAUCUUAUUUUCUCCAACUUUCGGAAAAUUCAAGUAAAAUGUGAAGAAAAUCCUUUUGUACGUGAAGAUCCGCAUCAUCCGACACUCUCAAUUACUGUGGAGUUUUUAUUUCAACCUGAAACCGUGCCAUUCCCAACUAUAUGUACCCCCUCUUAUAACUUUCGCAAGGCCAAUUUUAUCACCUUGUAUGAAGACCUUCUUGCUGCUGAGUGGACCUUCUUAGAACAUUUUGUUGAUGUCAAUCAAGCCCUGGAAGCAUUCUAUGAUCAUUUACACUCCUUAAUUAAAAAGUCUGUGCCACUGUAUACUUCUCAGCGUAAACAUUCCUAUCCGCCUUGGUUUACACCAUCGUUAAUCGCUAGUCUAAAGACUAAGCUAUUUUAUAGAAAGAAAUGGUUAUCCUCCAAAAAUGUUCUCUUUUUUAAUGAAUUUAAACGACUUCGAACACACUGUAAGAUUCAAAUUUCUCUUUGUUAUCGGGCCUACAUAGACAGGGUUGAACAAUCAGUCUGCAAUAACCCUAAAGAAAUUUUCAAAUACUUGCAAAUGAAGCGUGGUACUACGCGAAUACCGGGCAAGAUGUAUCAGGAAAAUCUAUCGUUUGAGACACCAUAUCAAAUAGUAAAUGGAUUUGCACAGGUUUUCUCUGAUAUAUAUCUACCUAGUUCAAGUUAUAACUUCAAAGAUGAUUCCUAUAGCAAUAUUCCAUCUCUCGCUUUAGUUCGAGUCCGCGAAGAUGAUAUAAUUAAAAUUAUGGCUUCUUUUCCCAUUAAGCACACGGCUGGUGAUGACCAGAUACCCAGCUUUAUGAUUCAUGAUGCAAGAUAUGCGUUGGCUCAACCCCUGUCGGUGAUCAUUAAUAAGGCUAUUGAAAAUUACACUUUUCCGAACAAAUGGAAGCGAGCACGAAUUGUGCCUGUGCACAAGAAGGAUGAUAUCUCGGAUCUAAAGAACUAUCGACCGAUAGCAAUUAUUUCUAACUUUGCAAAGAUAUUUGAGUAG